GUCAAACAUCAGCAGAGAGAGGAACGCACCCUAGAAUUUGCAAGCCCACAUGGCAAUGCAAUUGGUGCAGUGCCCCAUGGACACAGGCGCUGGUCGCCAUGACUGGCUCGCCUUCUAGGUUGAGCGAUGAUGAGAAGGAUGAUGCAAAACCCACCCAGGCGAGCCCAGAAGCCCGAGGGCGUGGACGUAAAAAAUUCCAGCGGACUAUUGCGGAGGACAGUGAGAAGAAGAAUGCCGCCGAGGACAAACCGAAGAAAAAACGACGGAAAAAGCGGAAGCGGCGUAAAUGCUUAGCAGAAGCUUCUCGUUCCAAGAGUGGACCCGACAGAUCCAAGGAGAGCAGAAGCAAAAGCGGAGAAAUGGACGACAAAGGUAGCGAAGGCACCAAAGCUAGCAGUGCCGAAGCUGCAAAGGAGGGAAAGAAGCACCGCCGAAGGCGGAGACGGAAGAGAAAAUCGCGAUCCAGCAGUUCCCACAGCUCUCGAAGACGCCGCAGGAGCAGUGGUGGCAGCCGAGGCAGCCGAAGUUCUGGCAGGUCAGCAAUGGACCAUCGACCUCUUGUGGAGCGUGUGAAGGGUGGUGUGAAGCUUUUCGUUGGGCGUUUGCCAGUGGAGACAACCUCAGACCUCCUUUCUCGGGCUUUUGAAGAGUAUGGAGAGGUGCUUGAGGUGUUUCUAAUUGAUGGCCGUGGUGCAUCUGGUGCUCGCUGUGCCUUUGUGCGUCUGUCGCACUUAAAGGAUGCAGAGCGAGCCAUUGAGGAUAUGCAUGAAAAGCGCGUACUUGUUCAUGAGCGAGCGGAGCUUGGCCCCAUCCAGGUUGCCUUUGCAAAAGGCGAGGCCAUUCGGAUGGGACUGGACGCUUCGAAGGAGCAGCUGCCAGCUCGUUGGCAGGUCCCUAUCACUGCCGGAGCUCCAAUCCCUGCGUCUGGGCCAGUAGAGCCGGACAGCCUCUCCAAAGAGGCUUUAAUAAGCCUUGUAAAGGAGGGUCAACGAUCUGGUGGCCAACCAUUCAAGCAACAGUGGUGGAGCUAUUGUGAUCAAGGAAGGGGUGGAGUGGCAGACUAUGACCCGAAACGACAUUCAGAGAAGUCUCUUCGGCAAUUUUUUGCUGCCUGUCAAGCAGGUGAGUGGGGAGCAAAGCCCUGGUUUCGGAGAGCUGUGAAUUGGGCGACUAUGGGAGGCAAGCGCUCACGAGGCAGACAAAGGAGACGAGGCUCCAGCUCGAGCAGCAGUCGCAGCAGCAGAAGCAGUCGGAGCAGCUCCAGGCCACGGAAGAUGGAAGGUCAUCCUGAAGCUGGGCAAGGCCAAACGGCUGGGAAGGCGAGCUUGAAAUCAGCUCCAUCACCACCCAUUGAUGCACAGCCACCACCGCCAUCAGAGGCACCUCCCCCAGAGCCAGAUGCUCAACCAAUUCCCAAGGCUCGUCUACUCUCCUCUGCCACAGAGCGGGACACAGAGCUGGAGGACUUUCUGACCAAAAACCGCAUCUCUCCUGCCACGUCUUUUCUCAUGUUGAAGCUGACACGCGAGCAGGCAGCCUUUGUCAUGUCCAGCGUCUCCGAAGCUUUGGACAAGACUGGUGCAUCAGAGCUUGCAAGGUCUGGCCGAUCUGCUGCCGAAUCCUUGGUCCUCCAGCGGCUCAAGGGUUUGGGUGUUCGCACCCACACUGGGGGUGGCUCCUGGACAAGCACAGAGCGCACUGCUUCGCCUGUUCCUCCUGCAGCAGAACGCAUCAAAAGAGCCGAGGCAGCAGCCGAGGCAUCUCGGGAGAAGGAAGGCAUCAGUCUAGGUCUUGACCUGCCAAGCGUGGAUGGCUUACUAGGUUCUGCGUUGGUUGAUUUGGAGGCUGCUGAGGUUCAUGAGAGCUUGGCAGAGGAGGAACGCCAGGAACGCGGAACUCAUUCUGCAGCGCACGAGGCAGAACCACAGCCUGCAGAGGACCAUGAGGCUAUCAAGGAAGGCCCAAAAGGUGAGCCGGAGCAGAUGCCAGAGGGGGAACCCAACGCAGAUACCACUCCAAGCAUGUUGCGCCAGAAGCUAUCUGCGCCUCAAGGUUGCCAGGUUUUUGUAAAGAACUUGGACAAGACCACGGGAGAGCGUGAGCUUCGAGAUCUUUUUGGCAGGCAUGGCACCAUUUGUGAUGUGGAGAUUGCCACGGAGGAAGGCACACGUGUUGGCAAAGGCUUUGCGAUUGUUGCGAUGUCCAGCAAAAGGGAGGCAAAACAGUGCGUGAAAGCCUUGAAUUUCACGAAGCCGUGGGGCCGUGCUCUGAUAGUGGAACGAGAGGACGGCAUUGAGGAUUCACCAUCCCGCAGUGCCAGUGGGGAAGACAAAGGUUCGCAGGCCGACAAAGUCGUGAAGCCACCGGAAAAGUCCCCUGGUCAGGACGUGAAGCGUCAUAGUAGCAGAAGCAAAAGUCGCAGUCGCUCUGAAAGUGGGUGGAGCCGCUACACCAUUGAGGGCAAGGGGCGCCGCUCGAGGGGCCGCUGGCGGAGCUCGCGAAGGAAACAUGAGAGACGAAGUAAAACCAAAAGGAGGUCAAGAGCGAAGUCAUCCAGGUCUCGUUCAUCAAAGGGACGCUCAGACUCGCGCUCAUCCUCUGGUUCCAGGUCACACUCGCGAUCCAAGCGACGCAAAGACCGGACUCGGCGCCGCCGGGACCGAGAGCGACACCGAGACCGGGAAAAAGAGGGAAUCCCUUCUAUGGGCUGGCCAGGAGCUCCUCCAUUUAUGCCACCUAUGCCAGGGAUGCCAAUGAUGCCACCUCCCUGGGCGGUACCUCCUUGGGGCAUGCCACUAAUGGAGCACAAGGGCUUUCCAGCUUAUGAUGCUGAGGAAGCAGAACGGCAACUCCGGAAGGCUGAAAAGGCCGCAAGGAAGGAAGAGCACCGGAGGCAAAAACAUGAAGAAGAGAAAGAGAAGACACAGGUCUGGGAAGACCACCCUGCGCGGGUGGCACAAAAGAAGCAUUCCACUUCCAGGUCAAAAUCUGGCUCGCAAGGCAGAGAGCGAUCUCGGAAGGACAAGGCCCCUAAAAGCAAGUCUUCCAGUGCGGAGAUUUCGAGGGCACCUGCGGGGAAGGUCAAGGCACCGGACCUCAGGAAUAUUUAGAAUUUUGAGAGCACGGUACUUUGCGGAGUGGCAUGAGCACACAGCACUUACUUAGGCUCCUGUAGAAAAGGAGAAACAGUUAUGUUUUUUGUUUUAAAUACUGUAGGCUUCUGUGUUCUGGUUUGAUCUCGAACAAGCAACUCUUGGUUCCUGGAUGCAGGAAGAUUCAGGCGACUCCGAUGUGGACAUAUCCAAGGUGCAAGAGGAGAUCAAUUUUGCUGACAUUUGAAGGCCAUCUCAGCCCGUCAGCUCCAGUUUCACAGAUUUAGGAUAUUUAGAAGACGUUGGAGACGUCCAAUGCCGCUGCAACCUAAAA